UUACGUUUCCUGGGAAAAAGAUGUCGGAAUCAAGAAAGUGAGGGGGUAAAAGGAGAAGAUGGCGGCCUCCUUCGAGCUCGGUGUCUUCUUCCAAGUCUGGCCUUCCUCUCCCUUCCCUUCUCGGCCCUUCUCCAGGCCCUUCCUCUCUUCGCACGCGUGCCGCGCCGCCGCCUCCUCCUCCGGCGGCGACCCGGAGGCGCUCCAGCCGGAGCGCACCGUGGUCCGCUUCGGCCUCCCCAGCAAGGGCCGAAUGGCUGAUGAAACCCUAAGUCUCCUCAAGAAUUGCCAGCUUUCGGUCAGGCAGGUGAAUCCGCGGCAGUAUGUUGCAGACAUUCCACAGCUAUCAAACUUGGAGGUGUGGUUUCAGCGUCCCAAAGAUAUUGUACGCAAAUUACAGUCAGGGGAUUUAGACAUUGGUAUUGUGGGUUUUGACACCGUCAGCGAAUAUGGACAGGGAAAUGAGGAUUUGAUUGUAGUUCAUGACACACUUGAGUAUGGAGCCUGUCGUUUAUCACUUGCAAUUCCCAAGUAUGGAAUUUUUGAAAAUAUAAAUUCCCUGCAUGAAUUAGCACAAAUGCCUCAAUGGACAACGGAAAGACCUUUACGUAUCGUGACUGGAUUUUCAUAUCUGGGCCCGAAAUUUUUGAAAGAGAAAGGUCUAGAGUAUGUCAGUUUCUCAACUGCUGAUGGAGCGCUUGAGGCUGCCCCUGCGAUGGGCAUAGCUGAUGCUAUUAUUGAUCUUGUGAGUAGUGGAAUGACCUUGCGUGAAAAUGAUCUGAAAGAAAUUGAAGGCGGGGUUGUUUUAGCAAGCCAAGCUGUAUUUGUUGCUAGCAAGAGAUCCUUAAACACUCGGGAGGGUGUAUUGGAGAUUACCCAUGAGAUUCUUGAAAGACUAGAGGCACAUCUGAGGGCAACUGGGCAAGUUACGGUCGUUGCAAACAUGAGGGGAAACAGUGCAAAAGAAGUGGCAGAGAGAAUUCUUAGCCAGACAUCAUUAUCUGGCUUGCAGCCUGGUUGGUACAUACGGUUCUCUGUUUCUGAAUGACGGACAAGGCAUAUUCCUCGAAAAAACGCCAAGUGAUUAGAGAUUGCAUUGAAAGACAUCCACCUUAUAGGCAGAAGACAUCAAAGGCCUUCCUUCUAUUUCUGGGUCAAAGAAGGAGCCAACUGUCACAAGAAAUCUGCUGAUCUGGUUGGUUGUUGGCUGUUGGAGUCUUAGUUGGACUACCAAAUAAAUAUCUAAAGGAGAGGAUCUAGUGGCCAGCGAAUAUUAGAAUUUAGAGCUGUUUGGAGUCUGAUUUCUUUCAGUCAGAAAGUGUUGUAAUGCCUUAUUUUAGACUUUUAGUUAGAGUUGAGGGAGUUCUAGAGACAUUCUAGAUGGUCUCCUAAAGCAGUUUGGUUUCUUCAUGGAUUCCAUGACAAUCCUAACUCUGUAACUGACUGCUAACAUCUUUCAAGGUAAAUGGUUCCCUUUUUUGGACUUAGUAAUUAUAAUUGACUACCCUAAUUUAUGUUGUAAUGGAAAUGCAAACAGGGCAAAAUUGUUUGUACUUUAAAUUAUCUAUCUUUUUGAGAUUAAUAAAUUAAGAAGUUUUAGAUCUAUGAUUAAAUAAGACUAUGAAAACUUGGGUAAGUACUUAAUUAUUACAAUAUAAAUACUGUACUGGCAUGCAAAGAGAAUGUAGCAGCAAGUGUAGAAAAUAAAUCAAACUUUGUUCCUUAUAGAUGAAGGUUAUACUAACUUGAUUGUGAAGUAAAGGACAACUUGAAGAUAUAUGAAAGAAGAAACAAGAAAAUGAGAAAGGGCGAAGAAAGAAGUGACAGAGGAACCAUUUCCCCUAAUAUUUAUUAGUUUCCUGUGUUAGUAACUCUUACUUGGCUAGGAGUGCUAUUAGGCAAACCAAGAGGCAAGGUCUGCCAAACCGUGCCAAAUCAGCUGGUUUGCAGUGUACCAAACCAAACUGGUGGGCUACCGGCAUGGUUCGACAUAUUUAUUCGAUUCUCCUCCCAUAGAUUUGGCGACCCUCGCCCUUCGCAUUUUUUCGCAGCCUCGCCUCCCCUUGAGCACGCAACCCUCAUCGGCAUCACCGGUACGCUCUCCCUCUC